AUGGCCACUGCUGGUAGAGAGGAGCCUGAACCAGAGAUCAUGAGAUAUAUGGAAAGGUGGAAUGUGUUUUGGGAGAACAAGAGCCAGAAGCAAAGUUCAGCCCAGAAGCCUUUGUUGUCCACCCCACCUAAACUGAUCCAAAGAACCCAGAGAGUCAGACCUGAUGAUGGAGUUUAUAGUCCUCUGGAGUCUCAGACGAUAGUAUUUGGAGAUGUGCGUCCCCUGCUUACAUCUCUUUUAGAUGGAUAUAAUGUUUGUAUUAUGACUUAUGGACAGACAGGGAGUGGAAAGAGCUAUACCAUGCUGGGACCACAUUCAGAAAGUGAUGCUAUUUCACCAUCAGAAGCUGACCAUGAAAUGGGAAUCAUUCCCAGAGCAGCUGGAGAACUUUUCAGACUUCUUUCAAAAAAUCCAGUGGUGAACCCCAGGGUUGAAGUUUCUAUAGUUGAAGUAUAUAAUAAUGAACUCUUUGACCUUCUGGCCAAAGACAGCUCUGGAACAAUAGUUGGUGUGAAACGUGAUGUAAUCACAACCAAGGAAGGAAAGAGCAAUGUGCCUCUGUUGGCCUAUGAGCUUGUGGAAAGUCCUGCUGAAUUUAUGAAGCUUAUCAAUAAAAGUCUGCAACUCAGAGUGAGACACCCCACAUUGGUUCAUGCUGAUUCUUCCCGCUCUCACUUGGUAGUUACAAUUACUCUCACAAUAUCUGUCCCUUUCGAUAGCUGUGGUAUGUCUGGAGUGACAGGGAGUGUCCUGAGGGAGACCUCGUUUAUAAAUCGAAGCUUAGCAGCCCUAGCAGAUGUUCUAGGUGCCCUGUCAGAGCACCGUGGUCACAUUCCUUAUCGCAACAGCAAACUCACCCACCUCCUACAGGAUUCCAUAGGGGGUGAUGCGAAGUUAUUGGUGCUGCUCUGUGUGUCCCCCUGCCAGAAGUAUUUGGCAGAAACACUGCAGUCCCUGGGGUUUGGAAGUCGGGCCCGACAAGUUCAGAGAGUCCAAGCCAAGAGAAGAAAUCUGCUUGUGUCAGGCAAAUCCAAAUGA